AUGGCCGGGAUGCUGGGCAGCAGCACCGGCCAUGUGCCAUCCUUCAUAGUUGCCUUGCUCCUGGCAGGCCUGCCGCAGCACUUGGCAUACGACUGCAGUGCGCAUCCUUGGAUUGACGACACAGUGAAGCUUUGGUUUCGAGCCUCCUACGCAGCUGCACGGGAGUCAAGCCUUUCAAUUGAGGAGAGCCUGCAGGCGAUAUCAGACAUCAAAUGGGCUGCCUACACGGGCAAGUCCAUGGCCAUCCUGACCUACGACGAGGCCGCAGGAGCUUACCGCGUCACCUUCAAAGAGCUCCACCGCCACAACGAGCCCCACAAGCCGCUGGGCAUGCAGCGCAUCAUUGAGCGAGCGGUCAUGCAGCACAACGCGGACCUCGUGCGGGCGCUGGGUAAGAGAGAGCUCAAGUUCAUAUUCGGGACUGAGGACUGGCCCAUCGUGGACUCCUGGAAGAAGUUGCGGUUGCCCUCCUUCCAGAUGUGCCACAGCCCGGACACAGCGGACGUACCCGUACCGGACUUUACUUGGGAGCAGUACAGUCAGGCCCAGUACACCAACAACAGCUGGUGGGAGGUGCGGCGGCUGCUGCUGCUCAAGUCGGCCAUGUUGCCCUGGAGGCUGCGGGAGCGGGACCUGUUCAUGCGGGGGGAUGCCGGGGUGGGCUACCGCAAGGUACUCAUGCCCCUCAUGCAUGAGGUGCAGGUGAACCGGUCGGACAUUGCGCUAUUUGGAAUAAAGGUCAACUUCCGGAGCACGGGUUUCUAUGUCUCAGAUUUGAAGCACUUUUCCUGGUUGGACAACUGGUGUCAGCACCGCUACCUGGUGCACACCUCGGGGCUCACGUACAGCGCCAGUCUCAAGUACAAGCUGGCUUGUGGGGCGGUGGUCGUCAACUUCAAGGGAGAUUUUCAAGAGUUCUACUACCCCGCCCUGCAGCACGGGGUCCAUCUGCUCUCCUUUCCGGAAGCCGACCGGGGGGUGCUGCUCAACGAUGUGGCCCCCAAGAUCAAGACAGCGCUGGCCGAUCUUGAAGCCAACCACCAAGACACGCCCCCACCCAUCGCUAUGGCGGCACGUGACUUUGCGCUCACGCAGCUGACGGACGGUGCGCUGAGCUGCUACUGGUAUAAGGCCCUUUUGGCUUAUGCGGGUUUGUACUACACGGCCACACCAGCGGAUGUCCCGACGGAGGUGCUGUUGGACGGAGGGCCCCGCAAUGGGGGUGAUGGUUUUCGUGAAUGA